UACAUCGAUAGCUAUCAGAGCAUGUGUAAGCUUUCACCUUCCAUAGUUCGUCGGUGCACCAUACGCUAUCAAAUCUUUUUCAAUCUUGCUACAAUACAGUUCGCUCCAGGAACCAUGGCCUUCCAAUAUCUAAUACUGCUCGUGAUAUUUUUUGUUAAUGCAACCAAUGCGUUACAGUGCUCGUUUUGUUAUAAUCGCGAUUCAUGCAGUACAGAACCCGCAGCAGAGGAGUGUACAGCUUCAUUAGCAUCCUCACAUCAUCAUUUACUCAAAGAUAUAAAUGCUAAUGUAGGUAACGCAGUAGAAAGUACUGUUUAUCAAUGUUACGCUUUGUCUUUGACUUACACCAGUGCGAUAACAGGAGCAUCCGUCUUAAUGGUUCAAAGAGGAUGUAUCUACAAUACGAUCGAGCUCUGCACAGGCUGGAUCAGCACUACAGAUGUCUCGCAAUGUAGUACAUGUACCACUGAUGGGUGUAAUAGAAACGAAACUGUGACCACGACUCCGGAUCCGGCAACGACAACCACUACGGUUGCUCCAACGACAACCACUACUGUUGCUCCAACGACAACCACUACUGUUGCUCCAACGACAACCACUACUGUUGCUUCAACGACAACAAGUUCUUCAACAGCCGAAAUCUCGUCUACAACAACAACAGUUUCCGUUACUACACCUGUUGAUAACUCCACCACGACCGUUAGCUCGAAUGCCACAACAUCGACGACGACGGUUUCCGUCACUACGCCGAGCGACAAUUCUACCACAACGGUUAGUUCUAAUGCCACAACAACGACGACGGCAGCGCCAACAACGACAACAACGGCGAUAUCGUCGAAUACAACGACAACGGUAGCAUCAGAGAACACAACAACGACGGUCGCUCCGGCAACAACCACGACGACAACGAUCGCUCCGGCAACGACCACGACGACAACGGUUGCUCCGGCAACGACGACAACGGUCGCUCCGGCAACGACCACAACGACGGUAACUUCUGCUAAUGUAACGACAACAACAACAACAACCGAAGCGACAACCACGCCUAAACCGGGAGGUGCGAGUGCAGCAUGUGUCGUAAGCUGGUUAGUAGUGGGGUCAUUUGCUUUGCUGCAUGGCUUUGUUGCCCAAUGGGCAUGAUUCAAAUCAAAAUAAGUGCGGCGGCCAUUUUGACAAAAAAGAAUCAUCCAUUUUGUUUUUAAUAUUAUUUUCGGAUUAAUAAACUCUUACCAAAGAUCGGGAAUUAUGUUAUGCAAUAAGUCCUAAUAUCUAA